AUGGAGUUUAUUACCGCUCUCGAAGCAAGGGACUUACCCACGUACUCUACUACAACGACUUCGUCAUCUUCAACAUCAACGUCAAUCACUUAUACCACUCCCUCGAUAACCGUGCCUGCCAAUAAUAACAACCCUUAUAUCCUCAGGGAAAGCAACUUGGCAGGAACUGUUUUCAUAGCCGUUGGGGCAAUAGUUGGUGCUAUUUUGUUGAUCUUCAUUUUCUACCACUUGAUCAUAUCAUUCAGCGCUUCCAGAUUAGCCAAGAAGUCAACCGCUGCAGACUACAGAUUUAUGGAGAAGUACAACGGUGGCGGCAAUCAUAAUGGACUUACACCAACUGGCUCCACAUUAUUCAACGUCAACUCGGAAUACCAGCCUCUGGUUGCCAAAUUGCCCCUCUUGUCUCACCACAAUGCAAGCAGAUCCAUAGGAGGAGGUUCACAAGUCGGAGGAAUCUAUGGUAAUGAGACUUCCUUCUACCAGGCAUCAGAAGUGGGAACCUUGACGUCCAAGAACGACUUGUCUAAGUUAUUCAUUUCCCCAACUGCUGAAGUUAUGGGCCACAGGAGAAAUAAGUCGAACACCUUUUCGGGCUCAACCGCCAACCUUUCAGUUGCAGGAGGUGCAGGCGGCUCACAAAGUCAUAUUAGUUCUCCACAGCAUAGAUAUUCUCAACAUGGUGUACCUAACAUUUACAUGAAUUCGGAGACCGACUAUUCCGAUUCCUUGGUAGGUGGUGCACCUGCUAGCAGCAUCAGCAGUCCACAAAGAAGGGCCGAGCCUGGUAGACAGGGUAGAUCUACCAUUCCAAGUAUGUACCUUGAUGAUUUGAUAGAUCAGUAG